GUCCAGCUCUUGGCUGACCACAUCUUCAAACCAGUGACCCUCACGCUUCUUUCGAUCCCGCAUCAGGUUGGAUUACGUGUAGAUUGCUCCUGCUCUUCCGGGUCAGGAAUACAGGGAAAACCUAAGGAUCUGCCCCCACCUCUCCUCCCAAAACACAGACGGAGCGGCGGAGCUCGAGGCGCAUCCGUCGGACAAGUCCAGUCAGCGGAGUAAGGCAAACGCAAGCACACCCCACACGCCACCACACACCCAACAGGCGGCUUGUUUGUUUGCAGCUGCCUGCACCAUGAAACAGUUCGGCGGCGGCAGCGGCAGUGGCAGCAGCUAAGAGAUGGAAGAUAAAAAGCCGGCUGGCAUCAGGCACAUCUCUAGUCCUGGGCGGUCAGGAGAUGCAGCCAGAGCCGGGGGAGGCGGCGGCGGCACGGUCCAUGUGUCCCAGUGCGACCUGAGUGUGAUCAAGGGGGAGCACGGCCAGUCCGACCCGCAGGAGAUCAUCCGGCGAGCGCUGGACUUCAAGAGCCAGGGCAACCAGUGCUACAAGGAGAAGAAAUUCCGCGAAGCCAUCGGCAAGUAUCACCGCGCACUGCUGGAGAUGAAGGGCUUCCUGUCAGUGGGCGAAUCCGAGUCCUCGUCCUCUGCGGUCCAGGUUCACCCUACCCCGAGCAGAACGUCCGCGAAACUGACCGAGGAGGAGAAGAAGGUGGUGGAGAGCAGCGAGAUCGAGUGCUACAACAGCUUGGCAGCUUGCUUACUACAAGCAGAACUAGUGAAUUAUGAGCGGGUGAAGGAAUAUUGUCUCAAGGUCCUGAAGAAGGAAGGGGAUAAUUUCAAGGCUCUGUAUCGCUCUGGCGUGGCCUACUACCAUCUUGGAGAUUAUGACAAAGCGCUGUAUUAUCUGAAGGAAGCAAGGAACCGCGAGCCAACAGAUACAAAUGUGAUCAGAUACAUCCAGCUAGCGGAGAUGAAGCUCAGCAGAAGCUCACAGAAAGAGAAGGAAGCACUGUAAAUGGAUGCAUUCCUCCAGGAUUAUGAACAGACAAUUGGGAUGCUGACUGGAGGGCUAUAUUUCAGCAUAAAACUUUGUUCCGUGGAUUGGAUGUUUGCCUGCGCAACACUGACUUUGGUUCCUCAGCUGAAGAACUGCAGCACUGCAGAACACACCAAGUUCAGCAGCUUUGUGGAAUUGGGAAUGGACUGGAAAAAAGCCCAGGCUGUGAUGUCAUUACAAGACCAUAGGCAAGCUUGGUUAAGACUUUUUUACCUGUCUUGCUUGUCACAGAAGGUUAAACACUGAGAAAGCUCUAUUGAUAACAGGAAUUGGCAAAUAUUUAUUGAAAACAUGAAAAGCAGUGCAGUAUCAUUCAAUAAGAAUGGGGAAAUGAGUGCUUUUGCAAUGACAUCACAACAAUUCCAUAAAAUGGUCAACUCCAAGUAUCCUGACUAAAAGCUGGGCAAGCGAGACCAUCUUAACACAAUAGGUUUUGUAGGAAGAAUACAAAACGUUUGUGCAUUCUUGUACAUUUGCACUGUCAUUUAACCUUUUCUCGUUAAAGGUUUGGGAUGGAGGAAAGAGUUGAGAGUGACUAUUUAUUAAUCUAAGUCUUGUUUAAAAUAUACACAAGAAUUAUUAUAUUAAAAUUUAAAAACCCUGUAUAGACAGUAAGAGAAAACAAGUAUCUACUAUUAUCAAUUUUGAUAUUUGUGCUUUAAAUUAAAAAGUAUAACUUUUCCUGAAGUGGAAUUAGAUGUGAUGUGACACGAACAUUGAGUAUGCUCAGUGGAAUGGAUAAACCAAAGUGGAAGUGGAACACAAUUGUUUGCAGAACUGAAGAACCAUGAAUUAACAUCACUGUGCUUGUCUCAAGUUCCUCUGCCAAAUAUUUUAGUGAGAACCAUUAGAAAAAAGCAGUGCAUUUGGAAGCUAGAGAAAUGAGAGAGUAAGGACGGAAGGGAGAGAAGGCUGCCAAAAAAAGUCAAGUAUUUAUAUACUUAACUAAUAAACUUUAGUUUUUACAUCAGUAGAUCCCAUCAGUUGCAACAUACAAAUACAAACAGGUAGUUCUAACACAACAGGUCUUAGAAAUGUUAAUACAUCCACUUCCCAAGUUAACCAACAGUCGCAAAUUCAUUAAUGUUAUUGGCUUUGAGCUGUUUAAUGAUUUAUGGGAAACUCUCUCCCACAGUCCGUCAGGCCCACCACAAGUGAAUGCAGAAUGAACUCGUCAUUUAAAUGCAAGUGUUCCUAACGCUGCACAACAAUUUGCCAAGAACUAGGAAAAGAAUUCAGCUUUUCAGUUAUGUUAUCAGGAGUGAGCCGUGAUGUUAAUAUGGCAUAAGAACCAGAAGCCCUGGUAAUGCAUGGUGAAGGUAAUGCAACAGUUGCUGAGUAUUUACACCGUUUUCUCUUCUGCUUUAUGAUUGCACGUAUUUUGAUAUCAAUGGUACAAUAAGUGUGUUGUUAAAGGAAGAUACAAGAUGCAAAAUAAUUACAGCACAACAUUUGUUCUAUUAGCCUUUGGUUAAUCAGUCCCUUUAUAAUCUGAGUAUUAAUAGUUGUGUUUAGACAGUGCAGUAAUCACAAUGGUGGUUUAGGGGAGUGUGCUAUAAAAUAUAUUCCAAACAAAAUGUACUGAAUAUACCAAUCUUUUUAGAUGGUCACAUUUAUGUCAGGAGUUAAGCUGUGUGCUCUUAUAACUAAGGAGGCAUUACUUUUAACAAAUCUAAAGAUGAAAAUGUAGUCUUCAAAACUUGUCAUUUCCAACUUCUCAGUUCAUAAUUAGUAAUUUAUAAUUCUCUCCCAGUUAUUUUACCAUUUCAAGGGGGUCUUAUUAUUGGCUGAAAAUAAAGCACUUUAACAUAAUUCCUCAGUCACAUCUCAAAGCUCUGAAUAUGUUUCAGCUAAUAAUAUAGAGUUGUACAGUGCAAUAAUGGGCCCUUAAGCCAACCACAUCCACACAGAACUUUCUGUCCAUCUACACUGAUCCCUCUGGUCUGCAUUGGGACCAUAUCCUUCUUUGCCUUGCCUAUUUAAGUGUCAGCUGAACAACUCUUAAACAUAGUUAAACAUCUAAAUCCAUCAUCUCCUUCUGGCAGUGUGUUCCUGAUAACACCUAUUUUCUGUGUUUAAAAAAAAAACCUUUACAACUUCUUCAUAUCUUAAACCCGUACCCUAACAUAAAUCUAUAGUGCACUGCAACUCUUGGGUCUGUUUAGUUUGUGCUAAACUGUUAUUCUCACUUGUCCCAUUGUCCUGCACAUGGACCAUAGCCCUCCAUCCCCUUCCCAUCCACAUACUCAUCCAAAUUUCUCUUAAACAUUGCAAUCAAAUAUAGAGAGCAGGUUAUGACUAUCUAUGCUGUUUGUAUCUUUCAAUCUUCUAUUCUUACAUAUUGUACUUCUACCACAUUUAAAUUGCAUUUAUCCAUGCAAAUGUAAUAGCCUCAUAAUGUGCUUCCACAAGCAGCAGUAUGAGAACUGAAUACUUAAUCUGGAAAUUUGAUGAUGAGAAGAUAUUCCGUGCAAGAGCGUCAGGCACUUCAUUCAUUCUGGAUCAGUGGGUGAGAUGGAUAGGUUAUUUAUUUGAGGUCUCCUCUGAAGUAUAAACAACCAAGAGUGCCCCAUUCCCUCAGUGCUGCUAUCAUUUGCAUUGUUUGCUCAUCGAAGAGCAAUCUUUGACCCCACAGCUACCAAAAUGUUUAAAAGUGCUGGACCAUAACAGAGUGGAAGGAACUUCCUGCUUCGAUGGUGGAAAGUAGCUCAGGAAGAUCACAAUGCAACCAUUUCAAAAUUGAAUGCAGAAAGGUCUAUUUUUACAGACCAAGUUAUUUUGCUUCCAUUUUUGACUUUAGAAACCUGGAAACAUAGAAAGCUUACAGCACAGUACAGGCCCUUUGGCCCAUAAUGCUGUGCCGAACAUGUACUGACUUGGGAAAUUACCUAGGAUUACCCAUAGCCCUCUGUUUUUCUAAGCUCCAUGUACCUAUCUAGGAGUCUCUUAAAAGACCCUAUCUUAUCCGCCUCCACCACUGUUGCCAGCAGCACAUUCCACGCACUCACCACUCUCUCCAUAAAAAACUUACCCCUGACAUCUCCUCUGUGCCUACUUCCAAGCACCUCUAAACAAGAGUUGGGGACUCACAGUUAGUCAGGUUGAGGAGAAUACUGAGAUCUCAUUACAAAUUUAUGUGACCAGUUCAUACACUUACUUCAUGCUAGUGGUGUAAUAGUAUUAAAUAAAUGCUCUUGAUUUUAUGUAGAACUCCUUAAUUAGCAUGUUCUUGAGGAAAAAGCUGGUAUUGAUCACUCUAUCAGUGUUAUUGAUUUGUUAACAAAACAAUGUGAAGCUUAGGGUUGGGUUGAUCUUUUUCUAAUUCUUAAUUCAGUUCGCUUUUGAAUAUUGAACCUGAUGUAAAUGUUUUUUUCUACUAGCAUCAAUUCUUAAAGUGCUUAUCCAUUGUGUGUUCAUGGUUCUGAGGUGCACAUUUUAAGAAGGCCCCGAGUUCACCUGCCAGUCUGUGUUGAGUUAAUCAAUUUGCACUCGAGCGGCAACAGGGAAUGAAUAACACUACAGAUGUGUGAGAU